AUGCAGGAGUAUGAGAGGUUGAUAGCGAAGUCCAUCAUCAAAGAUUUAGUGUGCUGCCGAGCAAUACACAAUCUCUCUCUCUUGCUAUUCCCUCUCGUCUUCCUCUCUCUUCACCGACCUGCUGCUGCUGCUUCGUCGCCGUCGUCGUCCUCUGCAGCGAACGCUGAUUCUCAGCAGCUCAUCGACUUCAAGAACACUCUCAAAGACCCUUCGCUCCUCCCCACCUGGCUUCCCAACCGGGACCCCUGCGCUUUCACCGGCGUCUCAUGCAAGUCCUCCCGCGUGGCCUCCAUUGAGCUCGCCAACCUCGGCCUGAGCACAGACUUCCGCUCUGUUUCUUCCCAUCUCCUGACUCUGGGGUCCUUGGAGUCUCUGUCUCUGACCGCCGCCAACAUCGGCGGCGCUCUGGCCUUCCCGUCCGGAUCCAAAUGCAGUGCGGUCCUGAGCAGCCUAGAUCUAUCCGGGAACGCUUUGUCCGGCCCAAUCUCGGAUAUCGCCAGCUUGGGUCCUUGCCAGAACCUCAAAGUCCUCAACUUUUCCGGCAACAACCUCAACAACUCCGGACAAGAAAGCACCACCGGCCUCAAGGGGCUCGAGAGUUUGCAGGUUCUUGACCUUUCCUUCAACGAGAUUUCUGGGUCUAAUGUCAAUGUUUCGUGGGUUUUGUCCGGCGGAUGCGGUGCCAUGACUCUCCUGUCCCUGAGAGGGAACAAGUUGACUGGGGAUGUGGAUGUCUCGGGCUGCAAUAAGUUGCAGUACUUGGAUAUAUCCCAGAACAAAAUCUCCGUGAGCGUGCCUUCCUUCGGAGAUUGCUCGGCCUUGGAGCAUCUGAAUGCGUCCUCCAACAGGUUCUAUGGCGAUAUCGGGCGUGCGCUCUCUGCCUGCUCUCAGCUCAGCUUCUUGAACCUCUCCAAGAACCACUUCUCAGGUUUAAUCCCUUCUCUCCCGACCAAGAACUUGCAGUUCCUUUACUUGUCUGCGAACGGAUUUCAGGGGGAGAUCCCUCCUAGCCUCGCCGAUGCUUGUCCAGGUCUUGUCGAGCUCGAUCUUUCUCAGAAUAUUUUGACUGGUGUGAUUCCUGCUAGUUUCAGUUCUUGCGAUGCACUGCAGUCCAUCGACCUGUCUAAUAAUAACUAUACUGGUGAGUUGCCCAUGGAUUUGUUCAUGCAAAUGGGCAAGGUGAGGAAGGUGGCUUUGUCAUUCAAUCACUUUACAGGCGGUCUGCCGGAUUCUUUGUCAAAUUUGACUUUGUUGGAGACAUUGGAUCUGAGCUCAACUAAUCUCUCUGGGGUGAUUCCUAGUGGCUUAUGUCAAGAUCCUGGGAAUAGCUUGAAGGAGCUCUAUCUCCAGAAUAAUGGGUUCACGGGUUCGAUCCCACAGGCCCUGAGCAACUGUUCUCAGCUGGUUUCGCUCGAUUUGAGCUUCAAUUACUUGAGGGGUCAGAUUCCGGCGAGUUUGGGCUCUCUGUCUAAGCUUCAGGAUUUGAUCAUUCUGCUGAAUGAACUCGAUGAUGAGAUCCCGCAGGAGCUCAUGUAUAUUCAGACGCUAGAGAACUUGCUUCUGGACUUCAAUGAGUUAACGGGGGCUAUCCCGUCUGGCCAGCGUAACUGCACCAACUUGAAUUGGAUCUCGCUCUCUAACAACCAUCUGAGUGGGGAGAUCCCAGGUUGGAUUGGGCAGCUCUCGAAUCUCGCAAUCCUCAAGCUCAGUAACAACUCGUUCUACGGCAGAAUACCACCCGAGCUUGGCAAUUCUCGCAGCUUAAUCUGGUUGGAUCUCAACAGCAAUUUCCUCAAUGGUACCAUCCCACCUGAGCUGUUCAAAGAAUCGGGCAGCAUCGAGGUUAAGCUCAACAACGACAAGAGAUAUGCGUAUAUUAAGAAUGAUGGCAGCAAAUGGUGUCACGGAGCCGGGAAUUUGCUCGAGUUUGCUGGGAUCAGGCCCGACCAAUUGACCAGAAUUUCCACCAGGAACCCCUGCAACUUCACCAGAGUGUACAAAGGUGUGAUCCAACCUACAUUCAAAAAUAACGGGUCGAUGAUUCUCCUUGAUAUCUCGCACAAUAUGCUGUCGGGCAGCAUUCCGAAGGAAAUCGGCUCUAUGUUCUAUCUUUUUAUUCUGAACUUGGGCCAUAACAAUAUCUCUGGCCCUAUGCCGCCCGAGAUCGGGGAUUUGCAUACUCUCAACAUUCUCGACCUAUCGAACAAUGAACUGGAUGGAGGCAUCCCAGAGACAUGGACCAAGUUAUCCUCGCUUACUGAGAUCAAUUUAUCGAAUAACCGACUCACGGGGCAGAUCCCGGUAAAUGGGCAGAUAAUUACUUUAGCGGCUUCGGGCUUCAUGAACAAUACUGGACUGUGUGGAAUCCCACUUCCGCCAUGCAGUUCUGACCAGGGCUCAGGUCCCAAUUCCGAGCGCCGGCAGUCAAAACGGAGGCAAGCGUCCCUCGCGGGAAGCGUGGCGAUGGGUUUGCUGUUCUCGCUGUUCUGCAUUUUCGGGCUGAUGUUUGUGGCGAUGGAGUUGAGGAGGAGGAGGAGGAGGAGGAGGUGUUAGAAAAAUAUGGCUUCGAAUUGGGUAGAACAAUGAAGACGGAUAUUCAUAGUACUCAAGUCGGACUUUAAGGCGUGAUAUCACUUCCUUUAAAAAUUUAUUUAUCUCCACAACGUUACUAAUGGUCACCAGCAAAAAUCCUCAAGAAUACAACAAAGUCUCGGAUGAAAAUACUAAAUAACAAUUCUAGUAUUUCUCCAGGUCUC